ACCAAACAGCCCCUUCAAUCACUGAGCGGUUGGCAUAUCGACAUAACUCCGAUAUAGCAGGUGAAAAGCGAUCUUUAGAAACGCUACAUCUAAAUCCCACGCAUAUACUGCAUUUGCCUGCUUGUUGCCUUGUGGUGCGCUUUUUCCCUCCUCCAGUCACAAGCAUUAUCUCCGACGCCGCCCUCUCCGAUAGCUCCGACCAAAUUUCCAGCAUCAUCCAUCCACGACUACGCCUCAAACCGAUAUAAUACAAUUGAAGAACCUGGAAAUCUAGUCACAAGCUUCUCAAGUACAUUGACCCAUACAAAUUACUUAUACCAUACACUCAACAACGUACGUAACCAGCCGACCGAACUCUACUCGAGAUGAUCCGAGCUAUGAACGGUGCUGCAUUGUCCAGCAGAAUUGGCCGUGCCGCCCCAAUCCCCCAAGGUGCUUGGCAGGGUGCUUGGAAGCGAUUACUUUCUAUUAAAUCUGCAACGGCAUCAUCCGUGCAGAGUGUGCGAGCGGCGACGGUGCAGACGCCGUGGCGCCAGACUCUGGCGCGGACAAACCUUCGGGCAAAUGCAACAUCACAGGGCGCUUAUGCUUGGACAACGCCUAGACGCGGCUUCCGAUCCACUGCUUGGAGACGGAGCGGUGCGAAUAACGGCAAGCCCGUGGAGGAGAAGCUCUCCCUUGGUGCAAGACUGAAGAAGCUUUCCAAGGAAUACGGCUGGACAGCGGUUGGUGUCUACCUGGCGCUUAGUGCGCUGGACUUUCCCUUCUGCUUCUUGUUCGUCCGCGUCGUGGGAACUGAGACAAUUGGCAAGUUUGAACACUACAUUGUGUCUGCCGUCAAGAGCGUCAUCCCCGAGUCCGUACGCACCAAAUUCAACGAACUGUGGGCAUCGAUGAAGAGAAAAGAGACAGAGAAGCUUGGCAAUGACAAUAUUAGCGACACGGUCGAAAUGGCCGGCUGGGGCGUUGAGAAGGCGGCAGAGAAGAACUCGGAAGAAGCCAGUCUUGCAACACAAUUAGCGCUUGCUUACGCCAUCCACAAGAGCUUCAUUUUCAUUCGCGUGCCACUCACAGCGGCUAUUCUACCCAGCGUUGUCAAGGUUCUGCGAUCUUGGGGCUGGAAAGUUGGCAAAGCAGCGCCACGCGUGUAGAGUUUAUGGCUCAGCACUUGAUGGUUUGGAUGUCAGUUGGAUCUAGACUCAUACAAACAACGCGUGAGACGCCUCCUAGGUUCUGUUGCCACCAACUUUGCCCGAGCCUCGCAUCCUGCUACAACCAGACGAAAUCCAUCCGUCUUUCUUUUUUGACCUAAGGGCCCAACAAUCCUUUGCGCGAGCAACAUACUGGGUCAAGGACGCGAAGAAAGCCUUCAAUCAGGUUCGGGGUGGAUACGAGCGUUAUAAACUUUGGCUCCUCAACCAACACCGGCGGGUAUCCAUGAAUUCAAAAGACACCCAUGUACAGUAAUAGAUAGAUAGACGGAGAGCACUGAUUCGGCUUUGUACAAUAUAAUUUCACACUCCAUAAACAAGCUGUCUCAAUGUUCUAGGACCUUUCGUGAUAAACACUGUGUCGCCUGGUUUGUAUGGUGGAUGCACUUGCUUCUAUUUUGGGUUUCAUCAUGUGGCUACAGCCCAACAGACACGGCCCGCAUCAGAGUUGGCCGCCGCAAACUUACACACCACCCACAGUAGCUGCAGGAAGAGCCAUGAUCGGCGUAUUUUCUAGUGAGCCUAUAGGAAGGAGCCGGGUGCGAGAGGCAUAAUCUAUCGACGGCACGAUGGUGUGCAUCGUGAGAUGUCCAAGAAUGGGGUGAUGUCCAUGGGACUACCUCGCCUGCAAUUGCACCGACGUUGAAUAACCGUACAGAAUAGUUCUGGAACGUUUAUGGGCCAAUCAAAACUAUAAAAUAAGAACCCCAGAAGAAAUUAUUCAUCUAGGUUUUCGAU